AUGGGUUACGAAUCAGCUGAGACAUCCCACCAAAGAGCAGAGGUUCUAAAAACUUUUUGGUUUUUGUCGUCUCACCAAUUUGUGUCCUUGGGUAUAAGAAAAGGGGGCUCAUGCGCAUGUCAUCCUUUGAAAAAUACCAAUUUUUCGUCAAUGCCGAGAGAUAUGACAUCAUUGCGAUUGAUUCAGAGUAGAGAUAGAGUAUCAUACCGUCAUCAUCUUUCUACUAUAAUCACUUUUUGUCUCCAAUUACAUCAUCCAUCAUAUAGUAGUAGUACAUUUACAUUCACAAUCAUUGCAUUACAUUCAAUCGAUCAACCAACCGUCGUACAUAGAUUCAUUACAUUUCAACAAUAUCAUCAGUAUAUUCGAGUAAGAGUUUGUACAAUCUAUGUUUAA